AUGGCCGAAGAACAGAAGCCCGUCGAGGUCUCCAAGGAGACUACUCCUGCCGUCACCACCGAGCAGCCCGCUGCCGAGACGAAGCCCGUCGAGACCACCGCCACUGAGGCUCCCGCCGCCGCCGCGCCUGCUGCUGCCACCACCACCGAGGAGACUCCGGCUACCACCACCGAGACACCAGCUGAGGCCCCAGCCGCCGAGGCUGCUGCUGCUGCCGAGGAGCCCAAGAAGGAGGUCACCCCCGUCGAGGAGGGUCACCUUGAGCACAAGGGCCUUAACUUCCCCAAGAACUUCAUCUACUCCAAGGAGUUCUUCUGGUUCGGAUCUGACGCCAUCGAGUCCAAGAACCUGUCUUCUUAUCUGAAGACCGAGAAGUCUGCGGAGACUGCUCACCACAACGCUGCCUGGGCCUCCCACACCGGCAAGGGUCUCCUUUUCUUCGGUGACAAGACCGCUCCCCAGGGUGUUAUCAACCUGGCCGACGCCUCUGAGCCCGCCACCGACGGCGCUAACAAGUUCCACUUCACCGCCAAGGGUCACAAGCACGUCUUCAAGGCUCCCAGCGCUGAGGACCGUGACAACUGGAUCGCCCAGCUGAAGAACAAGAUUGCUGAGGCCAAGGAGCUCGCUACCUCCAUCACCGAGACUGAGGCUUACAAGACCGCUCUCGAGAGCCUGAAGCCCGCCAAGAAGGAGGAGAAGAAGGAAGAGAAGAAGGAGGAGAAGCCCGCCGAGGCCCCUGUUGCUGAGGCCGCUGCUGCUGAUGCCACAACUGAGACUGCCACCGCUGAGCCUGCUGCCGUCUCUACCCAGGAGGCCCCCGCCGCUGAGGAGCCCAAGAAGGAGGAGCCUAAGCGCCGCUCUGCUAGCCGCAAGCGCACUUCUAUCUUCGGCCUUCUCGGCAAGAAGGAGGAGUCCAAGAAGGAGGAGAAGGAGGAGGCCGCCGCUGCCCCCGCUGCUGCUGAGGCUCCCAAGGAGGAGACUCCUGUUGUCCCCGCUGUUGAGGCCGCUGCCGUUGAGACCCCUGCCGCUGAGGCUCCUGCUGCUCCCGCUGCUGAGGUCCCUGCUGCUGCUGCUGCUGCCACCGAGACUCCUGCUGAGGAGAAGCCCGCUGAGGCUGCCAAGGAGGAGAAGAAGCCUACUCCCGUCAAGCGCAACAGCAUCUUCGGUGUCUUCGGCAAGAAGGAGAAGAAGGCUGCUGCUGCUGCUGAGGCCGAGGCUGCUCCCGCCACCCCUGCUAAGGAGGCCGAGGUUACCCCUGCCGCUGAGACUGCUCCCGUCAUCCCUCCUGUUGAAGCCACCACUCCUCUGGCCGUCGACGUGACCAGCCCAGCCACUGCCCCUGUUGAGGUCAAGGAGGCUGCUCCUGCCACCAACGGCGAGACUCGCCCUGAGCUCAAGAGCGAGAAGCGCAAGUCUUCCCUGCCCUUCGGCUUCGGCAAGCGCGACAAGUCCCCUGCCGCCAAGUCUCCUGCCCACUCUGAUGAGGAGGCUGAGAAGCCCGAGAAGACCAGCGCCUUCUCCAAGCUCCGUGCCACCAUCAAGGGCCGUGGCAAGCCCGCCGCUGAGAAGCCCGCUGAGAAGCUCGAGAAGACGGAGGAGAAGCCUGAGGAGGCCCCUGCCGCCGCCGAGGCUGCUAAGCCCGCCGAGGCCACUCCUGCUGCCGAGGCUACUAAGGCCGCUGAGGAGCCCGAGAACAAGCCCGAGAACGUCGCCGCCUCUACUCCCGCCCCUGUCACCGCUGCCGCAUAG